AUGUCCAAGUGCAUCUGGAAUGCGUUCAUUGCGAGGUUUUACGAGCGUUCGGAGCAAAACAGCUUCUACGUUCCAAAGAAGGACGAAACAGCUCCUCACGCACGGAAACAACGAAAUCAGGAGAUGGGGUUUGGACAUGACACAACUCAGGUCAACGGUUGGAACAGAGAUCCUUGGAUUGUGGUCAAAUUGAUACUGGAGAAGAGAACGGAUCGAGAUAAGACAAUAUCACAGCAAGACACCCAGCAGCGGAAUUUUCAAUGGAUCUCUACAGUCGUACAGGAAGAGGCACGGUCUACUGACUCGCAAGCAUAUUGGAAAGCAAUCGAGAAAAUCCUGAUAUCUGACUUCCUAGGUUAUUAA